AUGCAAAACGAUCUGAAAGAGGCGCUCAAACGACUGAAAAAUCAUUUCAGCAAAGACGAGGACCUGCCUGGGUCCAAAAAAGAGAAGAAAAAGAAGAAGAAAAAAGAGGAAAAGUCAGAAAAGCAAGACCACCCAAAUGAAACUGAUCUAACAGCAACUCCUAUAUGGAGUAACUUCAAAUGUGAAGCCAUUCCUCCUCAACACCACUGUAUCAUCAAUAAAACAGAGAUGGACUCCAAUCAGCAGAAGGUGGAGAGAAAACUAGAGAAGCUUCUGAGCACUGAUGAAAGUAAAGUAACCAGAAUUGGGAGCAUGAUUUAUGUGAAUGAUGAAGAAUUGCGCAUAGCGAAGGGAAGGGAUGGUACUGAAGUCUUCUUGGGGCUGAGAGAUGACGGCACUGAAGUUGCUAUUAAGAGAAUGUCUAAAAGCAACUACAAAGUGCUGAAGAACGAGGAAGGAUUUCUGCGACUUCCAGAGUCGUCAUCAAUUAUUGUACGAUAUGUCGAUUUUGCGGAGGACACGUUCUUUGGCUAUCUUGGACUUCAACUUUGUGAAAACACCCUGGAAGAGUACAUCAGAGGUGACGAGAGGAGGUCGCGAUACAAAACUUGUCCAUCAGGUUCUGGAGAGCUUAAGGGUGCUUCAUUGUCGAAGUCCUCAAUUCUCCACCGGGAUCUCAAACCACAAAACGUCUUGAUCGAUGUCAAUGGGAGGGCAAGAUUGGCUGAUUUUGGCAUUAGUCGACGGUUACCCAAAGGCCAAACAACUUGUCGCACAGCCUGUGCAGGAACCAAAUGCUGGAUGGCCAAGGAGACUUUAGCGGACGAACGUGACACUGAGAUUCCAUACAAGGCGAACACUGAUGUUCAGGUGGCAGGUAUGCUCAGUUAUUAUAUCCUCUCUGGGGGACACCAUCCUUUUGGCGACAAAUCCUACGAAUGUGAAAGCAACAUUCAUAAAGGGCUGUACACGUUGGACCAUGUUGAAGAUGUGGUGGCAAAGGAUCUCAUUGAGUGGAUGAUCAACGAAGAGCCACUUAAGAGACCUAAAGUGGAAGAAUGUUUGAGUCAUCCCUUCUUCUGGAACUCUAAAACGAGACUUGACUACUUGAGAAAGACCGGCAACAGGGCUGAGGUGGAAAACUGUCGGAAGGCUGACGAGAAACUGGUUUGUUCAUUUGAACAAUGUGCUGGAGAUGGAGCCUUCAAACAGUGGAAAACUAAGUUUCCACCAGAGUUGGUCCAGAAGAUGGAUUCCAAGAAAAAACCCUACCCCGACAACACACUGGGAUUACUGCGCUUCAUACGAAACCUCCAUGAGCACUAUGCCAAGGAUGCAGCCCAAGUUGAUGUGAUGACGAUAUUUCCUGAUCUCUUUGGAUGUGUUUACAAGUUUGCAAAGACCCAGGGGUGGAAUGCAGAGACCCCCUUAGAGGAAAUGUUUCGGAGAGACGACCGCACCACUGGCUUUACAAUGCUGUCCAACCCUAGGGAGCGGUUGGCUGUCCCAGUUCAGGAGUCGCAAACCAGUGACUCGAAGAUAAUUUAAAAAAGAAAUAAGCAUUUAGAUAACAACGCACAUGCAAUUCUGUUGUAAUACAGUUUGGAAUAGUUCUAGUGUCCCACAUACGCCCCAAAGCAAGGCUUUAGCAACAUUAGGACACAAGACUGGCAUGAUCAGACUCAUCAUUAAAGGAAAGCACAAUGCCUACCUUCUUUAAAUUGUCCCUGUAAACCAUGACAGUGUCAUAGUGAGUCAUCCAUUAUUCAUUUUAUAAUGUGCAUCUGCGCCUUAUUGUGACUUGUCAAAAUGUCUUUUCUGAAUUAAGCCUGUACAAUUUUGCCUGUGUUUUGUACAUAGUUACUAUAAUUAUUAGCUUAUAAGAUCCUGUAGUACAGAUUUAAGGGAGCCUAUGUUUGCUGUAGUAUUGUUUUUAUUUCUGAGAUUUUAUACUUUCACUUGACCAAGGAAGUAUUUUAUUUUUGACUUACUAGAUUCAUCUGAUGGCUGUAGCUGCAGUCAUAUCCUAAGCUCUAACCUACCAUAUUAGAAAGGUUAUCAGAGGAAUAUACAAUGUUGACAUAUAGUCAAGAGACAAACUGGACAUAAAACAAGGAUUACAAGGCCCCGACCUGGUUGUCAUACACAAAUCCGAACCGAUCUUUGAAAUUAAUU